GUCCGUGUGUAAACUCGACGUGUCCGGAAAGGUGCGCGCCGCUCCCCGCCUCGCUCCGUGCCCGGCCGAGGGGCGCGCCCGCCGAGAGCGAUGCUGGACCCUUCCUCCAGCGAGGAGGAGUCCGAUGAGCUGCUGGAAGAGGAGCGGCGGGACGUGCUGGUGGCGGCGGGCGGCGGCUCGCCGCGCUCGCUGCCGCAGCCGCCCCGGGACUCGCGGGGCAGGGAGGCCGGGGCGGCACGGGCAGCCAGCCCCAGCCCUUCGGUGCUGAGCGAGGGCCGGGAUGAGCAGGAGCGCCUGCAACGAGAGGAGCGGGAGAAGCGGCUCCGGCUGCAGCUCUACGUGUUCAUCGCGAGGUGCAUCGCGCACCCCUUCAACGCCAAGCAGCCCACGGACAUGGCCCGCCGGCAGCAGAAGCUCAACAAGCAGCAGCUGCAGGUGCUGAAGGAGCGUUUCCAGGCCUUUCUGAACGGGGAGACGCAAAUCGUAGCGGAUGAAGCAUUUUGCAAUGCUGUGCGGAGCUACUACGAGGUAUUUCUCAAGAGUGACCGGGUUGCAAGAAUGGUCCACAGUGGAGGAUGCUCUGCAAGUGACUUUAGAGAUGUUUUCAAGAAAAACAUAGAGAAGAGAGUCCGAAGUUUGCCGGAAAUCGAUGGAUUAAGCAAAGAGACAGUGUUAAGUUCUUGGCUGGCCAAAUACGAUGCCAUAUACAGGGGAGAAGAGGACUUUUGCAAACAGCCAAAUAGAAUGGCCUUAAGUGCUGUAUCAGAGCUGAUUCUGAGCAAGGAACAGCUUUAUGAAAUGUUUCAGCAGAUUCUAGGGAUCAAAAAAUUGGAACACCAGUUGAUUUAUAAUGCCUGCCAACUGGAUAAUGGAGAUGAGCAAGCAGCCCAGAUAAGACGUGAACUAGAUGGACGACUGCAACUGGCAGAACAAAUGGCAAGGGAAAGAAAAUUCCCAAAAUUUGUAACAAGGGAAAUGGAGAACAUGUAUAUAGAAGAGCUGAGGUCUUCAGUGAAUUUGCUGAUGGCAAAUUUGGAAAGUCUGCCAGUGUCUAAAGGUGGGCCAGAAUUCAAACUGCAGAAGUUAAAACGAUCACAGAACUCUGCAUUCUUGGACAUAGGAGAUGAAAAUGAAGUUCAGCUGUCAAAGUCUGAUGUGGUUCUCUCCUUCACGUUAGAGAUUGUCAUAAUGGAAGUACAAGGUUUAAAGUCAGUGGCUCCCAAUCGGAUUGUCUACUGCACCAUGGAAGUGGAAGGGGGUGAAAAGCUUCAGACAGACCAAGCAGAAGCUUCCAGGCCACAAUGGGGAACCCAAGGGGAUUUCACCACUACUCACCCUCGGCCUGUUGUCAAAGUAAAACUCUUUACAGAAAGCACCGGGGUGCUGGCACUUGAAGAUAAAGAACUGGGAAGAGUUGUGUUGUAUCCAACGUCCAAUAGCCCAAAGUCUCCUGAUCUGCAUAAAAUGAUAGUUCCCAAAAACAGCCAGGACAGCGACCUGAAAAUUAAACUGGCGGUGAGAAUGGAUAAACCACCUCACAUGAAGCACUGUGGGUACUUGUAUGCUCUAGGACAGAAGGUUUGGAAGCGGUGGAAAAAACGCUAUUUUGUCCUUGUUCAGGUUAGCCAGUACACAUUUGCAAUGUGCAGUUACAGAGAAAAGAAGUCUGAGCCUCAAGAACUGAUGCAACUGGAAGGAUACACUGUGGAUUACACAGCUCCUCACACAGGUCUUCAGGGUGGUCGGAUGUUUUUCAACGCUGUUAAAGAGGGUGAUACUGUGAUAUUUGCCAGUGAUGAUGAGCAGGAUAGAAUACUCUGGGUUCAAGCUAUGUACAGAGCCACAGGUCAAUCCUACAAGCCUGUUCCUGCAAGUCAAGCUCAGAAGAUGAAUCUUAAGGGAGGCAAUGCCAACACAGAUAUAUCCCCACUUUAUACAGACCGUGGCCAGAAACAUGGCAUGGAUGAGUUUAUUUCUGCUAAUCCCUGCAAAUUUGACCAUGCUUCCCUCUUUAGACUGCUUCAGAGACAGACCUUGGAUCACAGAUUGAAUGACUCCUAUUCUUGUUUGGGCUGGUUUAGCCCGGGUCAGGUCUUCGUGCUGGAUGAAUACUGCGCUCGCUACGGGGUGAGAGGCUGCCACCGCCAUCUCUGCUACCUGGAUGAGCUGAUUGAAUAUUCAGAAAAUGGCUCUGUCAUCGAUCCCACCUUGCUCCACUACAGCUUUGCAUUUUGUGCUUCUCAUGUUCAUGGUAACAGGCCAGAUGGAAUUGGAACGGUAUCUGUGGAAGAGAAAGAAAGGUUUGAGGAAAUUAAGGACAGACUUUCCUCCCUUUUGGAAAACCAAAUAAGCCAUUUCAGAUACUGUUUCCCUUUUGGACGUCCUGAAGGAGCUUUAAAAGCCACACUUUCAUUACUUGAAAGGGUUUUAAUGAAAGAUAUUGCCACUCCUAUACCAGCAGAAGAGGUGAAGAAAGUGGUUAGAAAAUGUCUGGAGAAGGCUGCCUUGAUCAAUUACACGCGACUUACAGAAUAUGCCAAAAUAGAAGAAACUAUGAAUCAAGCAACACCUGCACGAAAGCUGGAAGAGGUUCUUCACCUUGCAGAGCUCUGUAUUGAAGUAUUGCAGCAAAAUGAAGAGCAUCACUCAGAGGCAUUUGCUUGGUGGCCAGAACUGUUGGCUGAGCAUGCAGAGAAGUUUUUGUCUCUAUAUUCUGUUGACAUGGAUUCAGCGCUUGAGGCACAGCCACAAGACUCCUGGGACAGCUUCCCACUUUUCCAGCUGCUGAAUAAUGCCCUCAGAAAUGACACACUUUUGUGCAAUGGAAAGUUUCACAAGCACUUGCAAGAAAUUUUUGUCCCCAUGGUCGUCCGCUACAUUGAUCUCAUGGAAUCAUCAAUUGCUCAGUCCAUUCACAGAGGUCUUGAACAAGAGUCAUGGCAACCUGUCAACAAUGGAUCAGCUACAUCAGAAGACCUUUUCUGGAAACUGGAUGCUCUGCAGAUGUUUGUUUUUGAUCUUCACUGGCCAGAACCAGAAUUUGCCCACCACUUAGAGCAGAGACUCAAACUCAUGGCCACUGACAUGAUAGAAGCCUGUGUUAAAAGAACGAGAAUUGCAUUUGAGCUGAAGCUGCAAAAGACAAACAAAUCAACAGACCUGCGUAUACCUUCUUACCUGUGCACAAUGUUUAAUGUCUUAGUUGAUGCCAAGAAACAGACAGCUAAACUCUGCAUACUGGAUGGGGGGCAAGAGUUUGCUAGUCAAUGGCAACAAUACCAUUCAAAAAUAGAUGACUUGGUUGAAGAAACUGUUAAAGAAAUUAUUUCACUUCUUGUUUCAAAGGUUGUUUCAGUGCUAGAAGGUGUGCUGUCUAAAUUGUCAAGAUAUGAUGAAGGUACUUUCUUCUCAUCAUUAGUUUCAUUCACUGUAAAAGCAGCUGCCAAAUAUGUUGAUGUUCCGAAACCAGGAAUGGAUCUAGCAGACACCUACAUUAUGUUUGUUCGGCAAAACCAGGAUAUCCUUCGAGAGAAGGUCAAUGAGGAAAUGUACAUAGAGAAGCUGUUUGAUCAAUGGUAUAGCAACUCCAUGAAAGUCAUAUGCAUGUGGUUGGCUGACAGAUUAGAUGUUCAGCUUCACAUCUACCAACUGAAGACUCUCAUCAAGAUAGUGAAGAAAACCUACCGAGACUUCAGGUUGCAAGGCGUGAUGGAGGGGACGCUGAACAGCAAAACCUACGACACCGUGCACAGCCGGCUGACUGUAGAGGAAGCCACAGUCUCAGUCACGGAUGCAGGAGGACUUCAGGGCAUUACAAUGAAAGACAGUGAUGAGGAGGAGGGAUGAUUUUAUUUCACAAAGCAUUCAGAGCUGGGGGGUGAUGGUCUGAGGGUGGGGUUUAUCUUUGCCUUGGGGUUUUUUGGCAACUUGUCCUUGUAAUUGCUUUUAUAGUUUUGCCUUAUGAUAUCGGUGCAGAAAUGUAAUUUGCUCCAUCAAAAAAAGAAAGCAAGAUUAUCAGAGGAAAAGUGCCAAGGACUUUUUGAGAAUAAUGGUUGUAGCAUAUUUUUAUGUAUAGCUUUGCUUAGGGCUGCAAGAACACUGGGCAUGGAGUUUGAGUUCCACUUGUGAUUACAUUUCUUUUCCUUAUGUUUGCUACUGUUCAUUCUUGUAUCUCCAUCUGAUAUUGAUGUCCUGUGCAGAAACAAGAUGUGUGUCUUACUUAAAACAUAACUAUACAGGAAAUCAUCCUUGGAAUGAGUCAAUGCCCUAGGUAAAAAAAAAAUAGUGUAUUUUCAGGAUUACAAUUUGUUCCCCUUUUUUUGUGCUUAAUUUUACAUUAUUAUGUGAUGUGCAUUAAAAACUUGAAUCUUGG